GCUCUUGUUUGCGGAAGUUUGUAGCUGAGUUUCACGGGUCUGCGCAACCCAGCGUGGAGCAAUCAGGGUUUCGGUGAAGGUCUCUCCUCUGUGGCAAAAUAACGGCGAGCAAAUGAAAUAACUCCAGUGAGCAUUACAGGAAGACAUUAACACGAAGGACACAGUGUCUGUGAGAACAUGGCCCGACCCCUCCAGGUCCUCUCCCUCCUCUCCAGACUCGGUCUGUCACCGACUCCCGCGACCAACAGCUGUCGGUUUGCAAGCAGGGGUCCGGUCCCGUGGAUCAGCCAAAGACACGUGCGCAGCGACAGAGCUGCGGGACACAGCGAUGAGAUGUCCGGUGAGGACAGUGGAGGAUACCCGGAGGAUGCUGAGGACAAGCUCCAGGGCUUGGUUGAUGAGGGGAGGAAGAGGCAGAAGACUGUGAAGUAUCACAUGCUGAGGAGGCAGAUGACUCCAACAGGAGCUCCACAGAGGAAACUAACCUGGAAUGCUAUGCAGCAGAUCAGAUAUCUGAAGCAGGAGCAACCAGAGGAGUGGACAGUAGAGCGCCUGGCCGAGGGCUUCUCUGUCAGCCCCGAUGUCAUCUUGAGGGUCCUUAGGAGCAGGUUUAUCCCAGCUCCACAAAGAAAAGUCAAGCAGGAUGCUAAAGUAAUGGCUGGACUGAGUCAGCAGUUGCUGCCCUCAGGUGGCAGGUCAGGGCAGGACAGGCUGAAGCUUUCUGGGAGCAACACAGCAGCCUUACUCCCAUCAGGAAAAGGAGGCGGCGCUUUAAUCUCUGCAACUGACCAAACUGUUAUGAUCCGAGGAGAAGGCUCAGGAUCCCUGACCAAGAGUCCUGCUCCUGUUACUGUUCUGCCCUCCCAGCUCACAGCUGGCAUUAGGAAAGAUGCCACCGUGACGGACACGUCGACAGAAGAAAGCCCCACUAGCACAAAUCCAACAGAGUAUGAUACAGAGGAAGAGAGCUGGGAUGGAUUGGUGUUCACAGAAGAACAACUCGAAGAGUAUAUGGCGAUCGAGAAGCCCGCUCCUGUGGUGCAAGUGGGGAAUGAUUUCUUUGAUGCAGAAGGAAACUUUAUUUAUAGAAUUUGAGGACUUUCUGUUGAACUGUCAGCUUGUUGCUGCAACAGAUCAUUACUAUAAAGUAUCUACACAGGCAAAAUAAAUGUCACAAAUAAAAUAUUACUUUGUAUCAUAGAUAUUUGAGCUAUAUCUUUGUUUAGUUAAUUUUAGUGUUUAUUCCCCCAUUUAUUGAUUAUCUAAUUUGUUUAUUUCCCUGUCCCUUAUUCGCAUAUUCAAAUAAAUCAAUAAAUGAUAUGAAGAUAAAAGAAAGAUGCGGUAAUAACAUAACAUAUGCAGGGCAGAAAAAAACCUUUAUAUAAAUAUGUAAAAUUAAAUUCUCAUGACAUAAAAAAUUAAAUAGUUUCUAAGGAUAGAGUCAAAAUGACUCAUUGAUUUCUGUCAGAGUGCUAAUUAUGUAAAUAUGAACAAGUGAAAAAUAAGAUACCACAGAUAAACCUGAGUCACUUCAUAAAAUUUAAUUAACAUAGGUUUCAGGUUUCAUGAAUUCAAUGUUCUUUUUCCAAUUAUUUAAAAAAAAUAAUACCACAAGUCUGCAUCAGAUGGGGAAAAAAAUCUGCAAUCUAAAAUGAAAAACCCCAUUGUUUGGACUGAUCAAUGACAGCAUGACUAUAUGGAUAAAAUAUGUAAUGUAAUGCAACAGCCAUUUUUUUCCUACAAUAAUAAAAGUCUGAUUUUGAAUUGUAUAAAAUGCAUCCACAGAAUUGUAUUGAAUUGAAAUAGUUAGUACAUCAAAAACACACCAGGGAAGAAAAUAAUUAUGUACAACAUCUUCAAAUAAUCAUCAAAUUUGAGCAUUUGCUCUUUGGACGUAGAUUGCUUCCAUCCCCUUCAAGUCAUGGGUCGAAAAAAUGAAAUCUGCUGAGUCAUCUACUGCUGUCUGGCCUAUGUUCUGCGGCUGAAAGAGGAGGAAGAGGGAUCAGUUAGGUCACCAUAAUAUAUAUGAGGAGUUUUGUCACAUUUUAAUACAAUAGUGAUCAAAAAAAUUCCACACAAAUACCUAAUAAAAAAAGUUUAAUUUAGUGCUUAGUUGACAAGUUAUACAUGUAUUCACAGGCUUGAGUCAGAAUCAAUUUUUUGUUACUGGCUGAUGAUGUAUCGGUGGUGUUUUUCUAGACGCAGCUUCUUGUGACAGGGCCAAUGUCAUUUCCUCCUUGUCCUUGGGGGAAAAGAAGCGUCCUCCAUCUCCUCUCUUACGCACUAUAGCGUGACGGUGGCGAGACUCAUGCAGGUAUUUCUGUCGGAGAGAAAAAGUACAGUGUUACAUGUAGACAUGUUCCUUGGCUGUGUUUCAGGUGGUGUUAGCUGUGGCCUGCACUGAUGUGCAAUUGGGAGGCACCUGUGGGGAAGCACCUGAGUGCAUAUAAGUCCCCAGCUGACACUGCUCCUGACACUGCUCCAUGCUCCUGAAGUGUCAGCUGGCUCUGGAUGGAGGGCGAGAGAGAGAGGCGGAGGUGAGGACUUAUAUGCAGUAAACAAACAUGGCUACAUGUAACACUAUACACCCACCUUUGCUGCGUUCCAUUGCCAGUCGAAUUUGCACUGACUUCAGGAGAGCGAAUGAUGCAACAAAACUAGAUUCCUUUCCUCUCCCCCUUAUGGAAGACUGUAUAGACAGAGUUGGUUCGGCUUCAUAUGUCACCAAAUUAGACCUGCUAAAAGGGAAGUGGCAGGUGCCAUUGACUCCCAGAGUUUCAGAAAUAUUUGCCUUGUCACAGUUUUCUGCAAUAUACCAUCAUGGCCUUUGGGAUGCGCAAUGCACCAGCCACAUUCCAGCGCCUUAUGCAGGUCUUGUCUGGUGUGCCAAACUGUGAGGCAUACUUGGAUGAUUGUCUGCUAUUCAUCGGACUGGACUCAUCACCUAACGACUUCGGCCAAUGGUUGGUCAUUUGUGUGAUGCUUGAGCAAGCAUGUUGGUCAAGGUCAGGUGAGUCCUGUGAGUGCUGAAGUGGAAGCCAUUGUUAGAUUCCCUGUCCCAACUACUUAACAAGAGUUGCACCACUUCUUGGUAUGCCCUGCUAAUACCAUGGGUUCUGUUGCAACUUGUGACUGUGGUUUCACCAUUGACUGACCUACUUAGCCCAUCCAAAAGUCGGACAUGGACAAGUGACUUUCAAACUCGACUUCAGACUUUUGAAUUCUGAGCUCCGAGUUCCGAGGUAUAAUGGAAUGCAGGGAAAGUCCUCUCCCUCCAUCCAAAGCCAGCUGACUGUGCAGGAGCAGUGUCAUUCACCAUCCACAUUUUUCCUUGUGUAUUUACUUUAAUAAAUCUAUAUAAAAUUGGCUAAA